AACAUUCUUAUUCUUCCUUUCCCAAUAUUUCCACAACAUUUCAAGAAAGACAUGUCUGGUGUUUGGGUGUUCAAAAAUGGCGUGGUUAGACUAGUGGAGAACCCUGGUGCUGCUUCUCUCCAAGGUGCGUCUCGUGGGAAGUUUCUGGUGCAUCUACCCACCAACGAAAUUGUUACUUCAUAUGAGGUUCUUGAAAGAAUGCUCACCUCUAUCGGGUGGGAAAGGUACUACGAUGAUCCGAGCCUUCUUCAAUUUCAUAAAAGAUCCACCGUUCACCUCAUAUCUCUCCCUAAAGACUUCAAGAAGCUCAAGUCAAUGCACAUGUAUGAUAUUGUGGUCAAGAAUCGCAAUGUGUUUGAAGUACGGAACUCAUAAUUAUCUGAUUUUAUCAUUGAUCAUGCAGCCAUGGCCAGUUUUACAUAUUUCGUUAUAAUAUGUGUCUUUGUUAGUUACUAUAUCGAAAUUUGAUUAUUCGUGUGCCACGUUUUAGUCAUAAAGUUGGAGUGUGUUUUCUAAGUUUAGGAAGGGUUUGCUUGGUUUUCCCUGAAUGUAUACAAUUAUGUUAUUGGGUGAUUAAAAUAUGAAUGUAAGGUGUUUAAUUUUCGAUA